ACAUUGAUUUUGUUGCCUUCUGAAGGACCCCGACUGGAGCUGGAGAUCAAACCCCCAACACAGGGACUGCACUGGACUGAGUCUAUAUGGAAGAAGAACUCCCCCUUAUUUAUGGAGAAAGUGGCAAGCCAGUACAGGCCACUCUGUCAUCUUUGAAGAUGUUAGAUGUGGGAAAGUGGCCAAUUUUCUCCCUUUGCUCCGAGGAAGAACUGAAGUUAAUUCGUCAGGCUUGUGUCUUUGGAAGUGCCGGCAAUGAAGUUUUAUAUACUACAGUAAAUGAUGAGAUCUUUGUGCUUGGCACAAACUGCUGCGGCUGUUUGGGAUUAGGUGAUGUCCAGAGCACCAUUGAACCUCGGAGACUGGAUUCUUUAAGUGGCAAAAAAAUAGCCUGCCUCAGCUACGGGAGUGGUCCACAUAUUGUUCUUGCAACAACAGAAGGAGAAGUCUUUACCUGGGGUCAUAAUACUCAUAGCCAGCUGGGCAAUGGGACAACCAAUCAUGGUUUGGUGCCCUGUCAUAUCUCUACUAAUUUGUCAAACAAACAAGUGAUUGAAGUUGCCUGUGGGUCUUAUCACUCUUUGGUGCUAACAUCAGAUGGAGAGGUAUUUGCCUGGGGUUAUAAUAACUCUGGGCAGGUAGGAUCUGGAUCCACAGCUAAUCAGCCGAUCCCUCGAAGAGUCACUAGCUGCUUACAGAAUAAAGUAGUUGUGAACAUAGCAUGCGGGCAGAUGUGCUCAAUGGCGGUGGUGGACAGUGGGGAGGUUUAUGUCUGGGGUUACAAUGGAAAUGGGCAGCUCGGACUUGGCAGUAGUGGCAACCAGUCGACCCCCUGCAGACUAGCUUUGCAAGGUGUUCACGUCCAGCGGGUUACCUGUGGCUAUGCACACACAUUAGUAUUAACGGAUGAAGGCCAAGUAUAUGCUUGGGGUGCAAAUUCUUACGGCCAGUUGGGCACUGGCAAUAAAAGUAACCAGUCCUAUCCUACUCCUGUGGUUGUGGAAAAGGACAGAAUCAUAGAGAUUGCAGCCUGCCACUCUGCCCACACGUCUGCCGCCAAGACCCAGGGCGGGCACGUGUACAUGUGGGGCCAGUGCCGCGGCCAGUCGGUCAUCCUGCCCCACCUCACCCACCUCUCCUGCACCGACGACGUGUUUGCCUGCUUUGCCACUCCCGCGGUCUCCUGGCGCCUCCUGUCCGUGGAGCCCGACGACCACCUCACAGUGGCCGAGUCACUGAAGAGGGAAUUUGACAACCCCAACACCGCAGACCUGAAGUUUCUGGUGGACGGAAAGUACAUUUAUGCUCAUAAAGUCCUUCUCAAAAUUAGGUGUGAGCAUUUUCGUUCUUCGUUGGAAGACAGUGAGGAUGAUACUGUAGAAAUGAGUGAAUUUUCAUACCCUGUUUACCGAGCCUUCCUGGAAUACCUGUACACAGACAGCAUCAGUCUUCCCCCUGAGGAGGCAGUAGGAUUGCUAGAUUUGGCUACGUUUUAUAGAGAAAACCGUUUGAAAAAGCUCUGCCAGCAAACGAUCAAGCAAGGGAUCUGUGAGGAGAACGCCAUCGCCCUGCUCUCUGCUGCUGUGAAGUACGACGCCCAGGAUUUAGAAGAAUUCUGCUUCAGGUUUUGCAUAAAUCAUUUAACUGUAGUAACACAAACUUCAGGCUUUGCAGAAAUGGACCAUGAUCUCCUGAAGAACUUCAUCAGCAAAGCAAGCAGGGUUGGAGCCUUUAAAAAUUGAUCCUCACCUGCAGGAAAAAAACUUCAGCAUUUUUAUUUUCCCUGCAAAAGCUAGAGAAUAACUUUUCUUUAAAAGCAUUCAUGAUGAGCUACCUGUGGCUGAACACUCACAUUCUGUCAGGAGGGAUGGCGCCCAGUCCCCAUCGGCUGGAAUAUCCAAAGUUGAUAUAGAAGGCAUUAAACGCUCUGCUCAGAUGUGACUAAGCUCCAGGGAAAACAAAAUAUCUUCUUAUAUUUACCAUUUCCUCUUUCAAGUCACUUAAGUUGGACACUUUUGGCAUAUUGGUCUAAGUAUAUGCUAUUCUGACCCAAUGUUCUGCUAUUCAUUAGGCUGCUAUCACAUAGAUAGCUUGACAAGGAAUGCUGUCUCCAUCACAUUUUUAGCAUCCAGCACAGUGCCUUGCAUAUAAUAGGCACUCAAUAAAUUUAUUAUAAAUCUUAAGUGCGCCCUGAGAAUAGCUUUAUCUGUGGGCUCUUGGAUGAAGGGAUGACUUGCACAAAAACAAAUUUAAAACAGCCUGCAUCUAUUAAGGCUCCUCUUCUGGUGCAUCGUUCUGAGAAAUAGCAGCUAAUUUAGAGCAUUAAUUAGAAUUCACAAAGGCCUUGGCACAUAAAUUGCCAAAGGCCCAAGGGCUAACUUUAAUUUUCCAUUUACCGAGUCAUUGAUUUCUCAUAUGGGAUUACUGAAUAUGAAGUACUGUCUUUGAAUAAAUGUUAUU